ACAAUUAUGCAUAAAAUUGUGCAUAAUAUUAUGACUGUAUAAAAUUCUGCAAGUCUUAUGCACAGCAAAGUGCCUAAGGAUUUAGUGUGUAGGCACGGUUUUUCCCUAUAUAACCCUGGUUGGUACCCGGAUAUUCCGGUAAAUGUUAGAGCCCUAGUUAUUUAGACAUUCCCCCAUUUAGCAUGUGGUAAAUCACGGUCUAAUUUGCAGGUACAUGGGCAUGGUGGCCAAAAUGACGGGGGGCAAGAGAGUGGAUUAUUCCAUGAGCGGUGGAUACGCGCGGCGGUGCGACGCGGGUGCCCUCUCUUACGAGAAGGGACCCGAGUGGACCAUUUCGCCAAUGCGAAAAGUAAAGAAGAAUAAGUCGCCCAGCAAGGUGCACAAGGACCACUGCUCCUCCAAAGCCAGGAAGAAAUUGCUGAACGCAAUGAGUUUGGAGCGGUGCAAGGAACGGCCCGAGGCCCCCUCGCGCUUCCAGAGGAAGCGCAUUGGCGGCCGGCGCGACGCCCACUACGGCGACCCUACGCCGGACGUGUCGGAGGACGUCCUGCAGCAGAGGUGCGCCGAUAUUUUGGCUAGGAAGUUUGCGGCGGCGGACACUGCAGAGAAGCGAGCAAUAAUUGAGAGGGACACCCGCGGCCAGCAGGACAACCCCUUGUGGGAAGAGUGGCACAGGGACACCCUCUCUUCAGUGAACUUCAAGAAAGCAGCAAUUCGCGGCGUGGACAUUCCAUGCGAUAAGUUAUUGAGGACCAUUCUCAGAAGAAAGAAGUGGAAGAAACUCCCAAGUGCUAUCGAAUUCGGAAUCACUCACGAGAAAGACGCAGUAGCGUUUUACGAACGGAAAUUUACAGUCAGCACUAAGGAGUGUGGACUCUUUGUAGACGCCGAAACCCCAUUUUUGGUGGCUAGCCCUGACCGACUUGUCGGCUCAAAUGGCCUCCUUGAGGUAAAAUGCCUCUACGCCAACAGUCAGAAAUAUAAGAAUAUAGACGGGAGUAAAAUUGACUCUUUGAGAGAAACUAAAAAAGGCAGCGGUGAGUUUAUAUUGUUUAGGGGCCAUGAUUACUAUUAUCAAAUUCAGGGGCAAUUGAAUAUUACGGGGCGGGCGUGGUGCGACUUAGUAUUGUACAACAGACAUACAGAAGUUAAGGAAGGAAAAAGCAUAGUUACAGAGGACAUCAAGGUGGAAAAAAUUUAUAGGGAUUCAAAGUUUUGGAAAGAGAAGAAACCUAAAUUAAUAAAAUUUUAUAAAGACUACAUGCUUCCUGAACUUGCAGACUCUAGGAUAGAUAGGGAAAUGGAGUGCCGUAAUCCAGCGUACGCAAUUGAACCAAUAGCGAAGAGAAGAGCAAAAUUGUUAGCUAACCUAUUAGCUAAGAAAAAAGCGCAGCAAUCGGGCCGACGGCCGGAAACAGUUGAAAUAGAUGUCAAUGUUGAUGAAAAUGAAAAUGAUGAUGAGAAUGAUGAUGUCUAGUACUAAUUCUUUGAGUGUCUGCGCCCGAGCCCGAGUGGGGGGGGGGGGCAGAAUAAAUAGUGUGUGAGCUUCAAGGCAUUUUAUGAAAUGCAUACAGCAAGUUUCCUGUUUGUAAGACGCUCGUGAGUGUGAGUGAUUCCAAAUUUUGUACCAUAUUGAGUAAGUUACAAGUGUAUUUUUUUAAAAGGAAGUCUCAUUUGUUUAUGAUAUUUAGCAAUAAUGACCGGCUGUUUGGGUCCUUAAUAAAAGCAGAUUAUCAGAU